GAGCGCUGAGACGGAACUAUAACACUGGUGCACACUGACAGCAGUCAUGGCAGCGGGUCGUGUGUGCAGGUUGGGAGGGUUUCUAACUUCAGUCUGUGACGGCGCUGCGCCGCGAUAUGCUCAAACUUGUUUGGUUCCUGUUCGACAGAAGUCCAGUGUGGAGGGCCAUAACUGUAAAGUGGAGAUUGCUGUGACUUCAGAUGGGAAAACGAUUGUGUGCCACCACCCAGGUGUGGACAUUCCUUAUGAGCUCACACAGCCUAUGGAACGACCAGACCCCUUGAGCAACUCGGUUGAGACCCAUGAUCAGGUUUUAAAGGCCCACCUCAGCAAGGAGGUGCUCAGAGAGAAGGCGGGACCUACUAUAGAGGAACUGAGCAAGAUGUUUUUCACCACUAAACAUCGGUUUUACCCAAAAGGACAGUAUCACAUGAGGCGUAUCAACAAGAACCCCCCAAAGGACAGAUAGUUAAAGGUCAAACUUUGUAAAAUGCAAAUUGCAUAUGUCUUGCAACAAAAAUGUUGAAUAAAAUGUUAAAUGUUAAUCAA